AUGGCGGACGCCAUAUCCCCAGCACAGCCUUCAGGCUGGCGGAUUCCCAAGGCAUGCCAAGAGUGCAGGAAGAGGAAGAUCAAAUGCAACGGUGUCAAUCCGUGCAAAACCUGCCAACUGCGCCAUACCCCGUGUAUUUAUCGCGAAGUCAUUCGGCAGCGCAAGAAGAAACACCAAUAUACAGAUGCUCCCGCGAAUGAUGAAUAUCCCUCGAAUGGGGCUACGCGGGCCGAGUACGGCGCACGUCAGCAGUCUCCUGGGGUGAUGCAGCCAGCCCGACGGAGAAAUGCCUCCGUCAGCUUGACCUUCAACAACAGCGUUUCAGCCACACAUAUGGCAUCGCCAUCGUGUAAAGUCCAGCUAUACUAUGGCUCGACUUCUCACUUUGCGCUCAUGCACGAAAUCUAUAGGGGCUUGAUUUCCGGCAACCAAACUGCGGAGACGGAGGAGCUACAAGGCGAGGUCGAAGAAGCCGGAGCUGGCUUGGACAUGUUUAGCUUCCGUCGGAUUUUCUUCGGAACCCAGGCUGAGUCGCAUGAUUCGAACAAGGCCCUAAAUGGACCCGAUGCGAAUGUGCUAUUUCUGCCCUACGACUUAGCCAAAAUUUUUCUUGAACGCUUUUUGGCAACUCUGUAUCACCUCGUGCCGUUUUGGCCUAAGGAAGCCUUCUAUCAACAGCUCGAUCAGUUGUAUCGUCUAACACCAGAUUCGCGCUCAGAUAAAUGGGCGCGAUCACUACUGUUGCUGGGGCUAGCCACCGGUUCGCUAGGAACACAACACCACAGCUGGGGAGAUAUACUAUACGAGCGCGUAAAGGCGUCUAUUUCUUCUCUUGACGAUGUAGUCAACCUCCAGACUCACGCCCAUUUCCAGAACGAGCAAGGAAGGCCUAACUCCGCAUUUCUCCUAAUGGGCGCGGCUGCCCGAAAGGCCAUCUCUGCCGGUCUGCACAAAGAAGCUCCCGCCGAGAGUAACGAUGCUGCUGAUAGUGUUGAGGAACGACGAUGUACAUUCUGGUCAUUCUGGACAUGUUUUCAUCUUGGACGACCGAGGUCCCUAUCCGCAAAGGACAUUGGAAUCGCACUACCAAAGGACCCAUUCUUGCAGGUGCUCGUCCAUCUAUCAAAAAUCUUCUCCCGAUCAGCCGAUGAGAUGUAUGGCCGACGGCAUGAAUCAUUACUGCAAAUGUGGAAGAUUGCUAAAUCAAUAUCCGAUGACAUGCGAUGUUACGACUCGAAAAUGCAACAUGCACUAGGGUUUGGGCUUGAUAAACCGGUUCAGCAGGGGAGUUUGGGCGUACGACAGACUAUCCUAAUAACUCUCUAUUAUCAUACCAUUCUAUUGACAUUUCAGCCAUUUUUGAUCUUUCGAGGUCGGUGGCAGCACGAUAUGAAGAUGUCCUCGCAACGGCCAGGGCACAGCACGGCAAAGGGACCAACAGAAAUCCCCACAUGGCUCAAUGAAGCCUGUAACCAGGCCCUUAGUGCCGCUUGCAGGACCAUCCAUCAUUUAUAUGAGGCUUCCAUAUAUAACGAACUGGUUCGGGAACUUCGCUAUCACGGAUACUUUCUGGGCAGCUCUAGCUUCGCUCUAAUUUAUGAUCUGAUGCAUGGAGAAAAUUUGGCAUCAACUCACCUUCCUUGGAUACAUGCCGCCUUGCAAGGACUUUCAUCGAUGCGAUAUGGCGAACCAAUCUCCAGCUCCAUGUCUGCCAUUCAAACCGUCCUGAGAAAACUUAACCCAUCGUAUGAAUGGUCGCCAGAUACAAUGCUGAAAGGGGAUUCCUAUAACAUCGACCAAAAUGCUAGUGCUGUGCGACGGUACCCCAGUAACGUCUCGCACCAGCCCCAAGGUCCCAUUCCUGACCCUCUUCAAUCGGACCUGGCUGCGGGAGGCCUUUCAAUGCUAUCUGACUUUCAAGGAAACUCCUUGCAGGAUGGCCUACGCAUGCCAAGCGGUAGCUUGGGUAGUGGAGAAGACCUGCUUGAUUUCACUCAGUCGGACAUGGGGUGGGACUUUGAUUUCUCAACAAUGGACCUUGAGGCCUUUUUUUCUAUCAACCCAACUUUGGACCCUCCGCUGUUCUAG